GAACUUCACAAUAUUUUUGCAAAUCAUAGCCAAGCUGGUAUAGAUACUCUUCAGGCUUAUACUAUAGCACAGAUGAAUACUAGUAAUAGCUUUAGAAAUUCUUCAAUUGCUUAUAACUAUGCAAAUACUGCUGAUAAUAAUACAGUAGCAGUAGAUGUUUCUAUGAUUCCAGCUAAAGCUUUUACUGAAGAUUAG